AUGACUUGGCGUCCCCGGCGCGUGCUGCUGCUGGCCGCGGCGGCGCUGGCGCUGACCGACACCGCGGCCGUGGACCGCAGCAAGUUCCGCACCUGCGAGAAGACGCAGUUCUGCAACAAGUUCCGCAACGUGCAGCGCGAGCCGCUGGCCGCGCAGCUGCAGGUGGCGCGCGACAGCGUCACGCCCGACGCGGACGCGAAGCUCGUGCGCUUCCUCGUGGAGGACGCGGCGCAGCGCGGCGGUGUGGCGCUCGAGGGCUCGCUGACCUUCGUGCUGGGCGAGGACAAGGCGCGCGUGCCGGCGCUGCGCGUGCGCCUGCGCGAAAAGUUCGCGGACCCGCAGGACCCCAAGACGCGCUGGACGAGCGACGACGUGCUGGUGCCCGCCGCGGACGAGACGCGCGCGUUGCGCCAGGUGACGGCCGCCGAGGCGGGCCUCAAGACGCCCGUGGACGACAAGGACGUGCUGCUGUUCGCGCCCGAGGGCGACAAGCCGCAGGUCGUGGCGGCCUUGAAGCUGGGCGGCACCUUCGGCGUGGACUUGUACCUGGACGGUGAGAAGGCCGUGUCCACGAACGACGACGGCCUGUUCCACUACGAGAUCCGACAGGACCGCGCGGACGCCGAGGCGCAGGCCGACGCGGCGGCCGACCAGGCGGCCGUGGACGCCCACGGAGGCAAGACCAUUGUCGACUACGGAGAGGACGGUCUGGCUAUCUACGACGACGGCACGGUGCAGAAGAAGGAGGAGCAUUCGGCCACGACCACGGCUACUGUGGGCGCGGACGGCAAGGUUGAGGGCUGGGAGGAGUCGUUCGGCGGCCACACGGACAAGAAAAAGUUCGGCCCCAGCUCCAUCGGACUCGACGUGUCCUUCCACGGCUCGGCCGCGGCUCCCAGGACGCUGUACGGUAUCCCCGAGCACGCGACGGACUUCGCGCUGAAGGACACGAUUGAAGCGGACGAGGGGGGCGAGCAGACGCGCAAGGUGGUGACGGACCCGUACCGACUGUACAACCUGGACGUAUUCGAGUACGAGCUGGACAACCCCAUGGCGCUGUACGGCGCCAUCCCGGUGCUUGUUGCGCCCAACAAGGAGAACACGGUCGGUAUGUUCUGGAACAACCCCAGUGAGACGUUCGUGGACAUCUGGACGAACGAGGACGCGCACAGCAAGUCGACGCACUGGCUGAGCGAGUCAGGUGUGUUUGACCUGUUCCUCCUGGCGGGCCCCAGCAGCGCUGAGCUGUUCUCGCAGUACACGCUGCUGACGGGCCGCGCGCAGCUGCCGCCGCUCUUUGCCCUCGGUUACCACCAGUGCCGCUGGAACUACAAGAAUGAGGCGGAUGUGGCAAGGGUGGACGCCGGAUUCGAUGAGCACCUGAUCCCGUACGACGUGCUGUGGCUCGACAUUGACCACACGGACGGCAAGCGCUACUUCACGUGGGACGAGCACGCCUUCCCCACGCCCAAGGACAUGCAGGAGUCAGUGGCGCGUACUGGCCGUAAAAUGGUGACGAUUGUCGACCCGCACAUCAAGGUCAGUCAGACAAAGGACAAGCAGCCGUACUACAUUCACACUGAGGCGGAGGAGCUCGGCCUCUUCAUCAAGGAUGAGCAGGGCAACGACUUCAAGGGUUGGUGCUGGCCGGGCGAGUCCUCUUACGUUGACUUCACGUCGCCCAAGGCGCGUGCGUGGUGGCGCCACCAGUUCCGCUACGAGAACUACCAGGGCAGCACCAACCACCUGUACACGUGGAACGACAUGAACGAGCCGUCCGUCUUCAACGGCCCCGAAGUGUCCAUGCGCAAGGGCUGCAUGAGCAUUGCGGGCGUUGAGCACCGCGAGUGGCACAACCUGUACGGCACCCUCUUCCAGCGGUCGUCUAUGGAGGGCCAGCUUGUUCGCCAGCAGCCCCCGCCGGAGCCUCUCUCGGCAUUUGCUGAGGAGCUUCAGCUUACGUCGGACAUGCAGCGCCCGUUUGUGCUGUCACGUGCGUUCUCUGCUGGCUCGCAGCGCUACGGUGCGAUCUGGACCGGUGACAACACGGCCGAGUGGGGCCACCUCCGUUAUGCGACCAAGAUGCUGCUGUCCAUGUCGGUGGCUGGUCUCACGUUCGUUGGCGCUGACGUGGGCGGAUUCUUCGGCAACCCGUCCACGGAACUGCUCACGCGAUGGAACCAGGCCGCUGUGUACCAGCCAUUCUUCCGUGGACACGCGCACCACGACUCGGCUCGUCGUGAGCCGUGGGUGUUCGGGGAGCCGACGACGUCGCGCAUUCGCGCCGCUAUCCGUGAGCGCUACUCGCUGCUGCCAUACAUCUACACGCUCUUCUACACGUGCAACGCGCGCGGUAUGCCGGUCAUGCGCCCGCUGUGGGCGCACUUCACGCAGGAGCCCCAGAGCUUCAGCGAGGAGGACCAGUACCUGCUCGGCGACGCCCUGCUUGUGAAACCGAUCGUGGAGGAGGGUGUGGAGGCGACGCACGUGUUCCUGCCUUCCGAUGGAGCGGAGGACAAGACGGUGUGGUACCAGUUGACGGACGGGUACAAGCGUUUCUUCGGUGGCAAGACGCACGAGAACGUGCCCGCGCCACUGGACGCCAUCCCGGUGUUCCAGCGCGGCGGCACCAUCCUGCCGCGCAAGCAGCGCGUGCGCCGCAGCUCGGAGCUGAUGCGCGACGACCCGCUGACGCUGGUGGUGGCGCUGGACCAGCACUUCAAGGCCCGUGGCGAGCUCUACGUGGACGACGAGCGCUCGCUGGCCGCGGAGCUGGAGGGCGAGGGCACGCUGGUGUCGUUCGAGCUGACCAAGGACGGCCUGCGCUCGACGGCCGCCGCCGCGACGCAGCAGGGCAAGCGCUACACGUCGCUCAUGUGGGUGGAGCGCAUCGAGGUGUACGGCUUCCAGUCCGAGGCCAACCUGCCCAAGCAGGUGCUGGUGGGCGGCGAGCGCGCCGUGGAGUUCCAGUACGACGCCGCCAGCGACCGCCUGGUGCUGCGCAAGCCGCAGGUGCUGGUCACGGACGACUGGGAGCUCCGCUUCGUGUACGACCAGGCCCUCGAGUGAUCGUAGACGAGGACCGAGCUGCAGGGGGGAGUUUGUUGAAGUUUUCAAAUCAGAUAAAGAGCU